UGGGCACAAGCAAAAUGGGAACUGUCAAGCCAGAUAGUAAAUAAACAAAGUAAAGUCGCCGGUGUUUGUCCGAAGUGACACCCGGCUCAUCUACACUCUGCAGAAGAAAGUGAUAAUUUUUAUUUGACCCUGUUGUGAAAUGAACUGUUAAAGUUGGCGUCAACAUCGGCUUUUCCACGUCAGCUAUUAUUCCAUCCAAUAGCUGUCGUAAGUCCAGAGGCUGCCAGCAUGGUGCUGGGGAGGAAGCAGAGUCUCAAAGGGGACACUGUCCUCGCAGACUAUGGUCCAGAAGAGGCUCUUAAUGAAAGUGCUGAUAUUGAAUGGGUGAACAUGCUUUGGGUUAGAAGGCUAAUGAGGUUUUGUGCCUUAUUAAGCCUUUUAUCGGUCAGUUUGAACACUCCAAAAACAUUUGAAAAGCAUCCACCCCUUCAGUAUGUGACCUUUUGCUGUGACCUCUUUGUAACUUUUUUGUUUACUGCAGAAAUGAUUGCCAAAAUGCAUAUCCGAGGUAUACUAAAGGGUGAAGUUCCAUACCUGAAGGACCAUUGGUGUCAAUUUGAUGCCAGUAUGGUAUUCUUCCUCUGGGUGUCAGUAAUUUUGCAAAUGUUUGAGAUGAUAGGAAUAGUGCCAAGAUUCAGUUACCUUUCCAUUCUGCGUGCACCGAGACCUCUAAUUAUGAUUCGUUUCAUCAGAGUGUUUUUGAAAUUUUCUAUGCCAAAAUCAAGAAUAAACCAAAUAUUCAAGCGAUCGAGCCAGCAAAUAUACAAUGUCACAUUAUUCUUCCUGUUCUUUAUGUCAUUGUAUGGGCUUCUUGGAGUGCAAUUCUUUGGUGAACUGAAGAAUCAUUGUGUGUUGAAUGAUACAGACCCAAAAUACAUCACCAUUAACAGCUUGGCAAUCCCUGAUACAUUUUGCUCGUUGGAUCCUGAUUCUGGCUACCAAUGUCCUGUCGGAAUGAAGUGCAUGAAACUUGAACUGUCUCGAUAUGUGAUGGGUUUUAAUGGUUUCGAUGAAUUUGCAACAAGCAUCUUCACUGUGUACCAAGCUGCCUCCCAAGAAGGAUGGGUUUUCAUUAUGUAUCGUGCCAUAGACAGUUUACCUGGAUGGAGAGCUGUAUUUUAUUUCAGCACAAUGAUCUUCUUCCUUGCUUGGCUAGUCAAGAAUGUGUUUAUUGCUGUGAUAACAGAGACAUUUAAUGAGAUCAGAGUACAAUUCCAGCAGAUGUGGGGAGUGCGUGGACAUAUUGCAAACAGUUCGACAUCACAGAUUUUAACUGGUAACGAUUCUGGAUGGAAGCUGGUUACUCUAGAUGAGAAUAAACAUGGAGGAUCAGCUCCUCAGUUCUGCCAUGUAAUUCUGCGAUCAGCCUCCUUCCGGUUGCUUGUAAUGGCUAUAAUCCUAGCAAAUGGUGUUGUCACAGCCACAAUGCAUUUUAAACAUGAUGAAAGGCCACGCCAUGUUUUCUAUGAAAAGUAUUACUACAUCGAAGUUGCUUUUACAUUGUUUCUUGACUUGGAAACACUGUUUAAGAUUUGGUGUCUUGGUUUGCGUGGAUAUUACAAACAUUCCAUUCAUAAAUUUGAGCUCCUGCUUGCCAUUGGAACAACUCUUCAUGUAAUUCCAGCCCUCUAUCUUUCUGGUCUGACAUACUUCCAGGUUCUUCGUGUCGUCAGGUUAAUUAAGGCAUCACCAAUGUUGGAAGAUUUUGUAUAUAAAAUAUUUGGACCAGGAAAGAAGCUAGGCAGCCUCAUCAUUUUCACCAUGUGUCUCCUGAUUAUUUCAUCCAGCAUUUCAAUGCAACUAUUUUGCUUUUUGUGCGAUUUUACAAAAUUUGAAAGUUUCCCAGAGGCUUUCAUGUCAAUGUUUCAAAUCUUGACGCAAGAAGCUUGGGUGGAGGUCAUGGAUGAAACGAUGCUACGAACCAGAGAAACACUGGCACCACUUGUUGCAGUAUACUUCAUUUUGUAUCAUUUAUUCGUCACUCUGAUUGUGUUGAGUUUGUUUGUUGCUGUUAUACUAGAUAAUUUAGAACUUGAUGAGGACAUAAAGAAACUGAAGCAAUUAAAGUUUCGUGAACAGAGUGCUGAAAUAAAGGAAACAUUACCUUUCCGCUUAAGGAUAUUUGAAAAAUUCCCUGACAGUCCACAGAUGACAUGUCUACAUAAAGUGCCAUCAGACUUCAGUCUACCAAAAGUGAGAGAAAGUUUUAUGAGGCAGUUUGUCUAUGAAGUGGAAGAUGAAGAAACAGAAGGAGGGAAAAAAGUAAAUGAAAUAUUUGACCCACAUCAGAUAGGAUAUCGUAAACAGAAGCCAUUAAGAACACUGACCACUUUUCCAAAAGUGCGCAGCAUUGAUACAAGACUGAGAAAAUCAGCAGUAACACGAAUAAUAAAUGACUCAAACAAUCAGCGUCUUAUGUUAGGAGAUUCUGCAGUUAUACCGGUACCAGGAAAGAGCCAAAUUAAGCCACAGGGGACUAUCAGCAGUGCAAAGCAGUUAAGACUAGACCAAAAAAAAUCAAUUAGGAGAAGUGUUCGCAGUGGUUCAAUCAAGUUGAAACAAACGUAUGAACACCUAAUGGAAAAUGGAGACAUUGGAGCAAUGAAUAGAGUCAGUUCAUCUCGUAGCAGACCUCAGGACCUGGAUAUUAAACUACUGCAAGCAAAGCGACAACAAGCAGAAAUGAGAAGGAAUCAGCGGGAAGAUGAUUUGCGGGAAAAUCAUCCUUUCUUUGAUACACCAUUGUUCUGUGUCCCAAGAGAGAGCAAAUUCCGCAAAGCGUGUCAGCUUAUAGUUUAUGCUCGCUAUGAUGCCAGGCUGAAAGAUCCUUUGACAGGAAAGGAAAGGAAAGUACAAUACAAGAGACUUCACAACUUUCUUGGAUUGGUUACAUACCUUGACUGGGUAAUGAUAUGUGUUACCACCUUAUCAUGCAUUUCAAUGAUGUUUGAAACACCAACAUAUCGAGUCAUGGAAACUCCAGCUCUCCAAAUCGCUGAAUAUGGAUUUGUUAUUUUCAUGAGUCUUGAACUGGCUCUGAAAAUAUUAGCUGAUGGUUUGUUCUUCACACCCAAAGCCUAUAUCAAAGAUGUUGCUUCUGUGUUGGAUGUCUUCAUUUAUGUGGUGAAUCUUGUUUUUCUUUGCUGGAUGCCAAAGAAUGUUCCACCGAAUUCAGGAGCACAGCUUCUUAUGAUACUCAGAUGUGUACGACCUCUAAGAAUUUUCACACUUGUUCCACACAUGAGAAAAGUAGUCUACGAGCUAUGCCGAGGAUUCAAAGAAAUUUUGCUGGUAUCAAUUCUUCUUAUAGUGCUGAUGUUUGUAUUUGCAAGUUAUGGUGUUCAGCUGUUUGGAGGACGAUUAGCAAGAUGUAAUGAUCCUACAAUCACUAAGCGUGAAGAUUGUGUUGGUGUGUUUAUGAGAAGAGUAUUUGUCACAAAAAUGAAAUUGCAGCCUGGUGCUAAUGAGUCAUAUCCAUCUAUUCUGGUACCUCGAGUCUGGGCAAACCCUCGGCGCUUCAAUUUUGAUAACAUAGGUGAUGCCAUGUUGGCAUUGUUUGAAGUUUUAUCAUUUAAAGGCUGGUUGGAUGUCCGAGAUGUUCUUAUUAAACAGUUAGGACCAGUCCAUGCAAUAUACAUUCACAUUUACAUCUUUCUUGGCUGUAUGAUUGGACUGACACUUUUUGUUGGUGUGGUAAUAGCAAAUUACUCAGAAAAUAAGGGGACUGCCUUGCUUACAGUUGAUCAGAGGAGAUGGUGUGAUUUAAAGAAAAGAUUGAAAAUUGCUCAACCACUUCAUUUACCUCCAAGACCUGAUGGAAAGAAAUUUCGAGCAUUCAUCUAUGAUAUUACACAAAAUAUCUACUUCAAACGUUUUAUUGCUCUCAUGGUUCUCCUCAACAGCAGUUUACUUUGUGUGUCUUGGAGGGAAGAAGAAUCUCACACAGACCCACUGGCAACAGUUAGUACAGUUCUGACAUUAAUUUUUGUGGUAGAGGUUGUGAUGAAAAAUAUUGCCUUCACCCCAAGAGGUUACUGGCAGUCGAGAAGAAAUCGUUAUGAUCUACUAGUCACAGUUCUUGGAGUAAUUUGGAUGUUUAUCAAUGCAACUCUCAGGAAUGACUUAUCAUACUCAAUCGGAUUCAUGGUUGUCAUUCUUCGGUUUUUUACAAUAACUGGGAAGCAUGCAACACUGAAAAUGCUGAUGCUCACUGUGGGUGUCUCAGUGUGUAAAAGUUUCUUUAUCAUCUUUGGAAUGUUUCUUUUAGUAUUCUUUUAUGCUCUUGCUGGGACCAUUCUGUUUGGCACUGUGAAGUAUGGAGAAGGGAUUGGAAGAAGAGCAAAUUUUGGCUCACCUGUGACUGGUGUGGCAAUGUUAUUUCGCAUUGUCACUGGUGAAGAUUGGAACAAAAUAAUGCAUGAUUGCAUGGUGCAGCCACCAUAUUGCACACCUGCAGACAAUUAUUGGGAAACUGACUGUGGAAAUUUCACAGCAUCUCUCAUUUACUUUUGUUCUUUCUACGUUAUCAUCACAUACAUUGUUCUUAACUUAUUAGUUGCCAUCAUCAUGGAGAAUUUCUCACUGUUUUAUUCAAAUGAAGAAGACGCCCUUUUGUCAUACGCAGACAUCCGUAAUUUUCAGAACACUUGGAAUGUGGUUGAUAUACAUCAGAGAGGGGUUAUUCCUGUAAGAAGAGUGAAAUUUAUUUUGAGAUUGCUGAAAGGCCGGCUUGAGGUUGAUCCACAGAAAGAUCGACUCCUCUUCAAGCAUAUGUGUUAUGAGUUGGACCGUCUUCACAAUGGGGAAGAUGUGACUUUCCACGAUGUUCUAAACAUGCUGUCCUAUCGUUCUGUGGAUAUACGAAAAGCUCUGCAGUUAGAGGAGCUAUUGGCUCGUGAAGAAUUUGAGUACAUCAUCGAAGAGGAAGUUGCAAAGCAGACAAUAAGAACUUGGUUGGAAGGAUGUCUUAAAAAAAUCCGCGCAGUUAGUAAACAACAGAACAGUCUGAUAGCUGGUCUAAGAGCCACUAAUGAAACAGCCCCAGUGCAAGACCACCCAGAAGACAAAAUAAAAGAGAACAGUGUUGACAGGGACAGUGAAGGAGACUCUAAGGAACCAGAAGGUGCUAGACAUCGUGGGCACCGUGUUGUUAUCCCAAGGUCAGACAGCGUUGGUAGUGGCUCAGGUCGCAAAUACCUGGCUCCAACGCUUUCUGAUCCAGCAGUACGUCCUGAGAAAGAACGCCCAGGAGCAAAGAAGAGGAACAGUCGUCCUCAUGGUGGCAGUAAGAAUAAUCUGCCUCAUUUGACUGAAGGUCCUGAGCCCAGCAGAUUGCUGCGAGACAUCACAGCUAACAAAACAGCCAUGCCAAAGAUGUCCAAUGUGCAACUGGAAGUCAAAGACUGGUGGCUGGAACAACUUGGUUACAAUACUGAUUCAAGUGAAGAAGAUUCCUUCUAGCGAGAUAUCAUCUAUUUCAGUGGAGUAGUUCAGUCUGGUUACCAGCAACUGUUCAUGAUUUUAUAUGAAUUAAUCAUUACUUGAAAGAGUAAAUCUCUGUAAGAGAGAGAAAUAGAGAUACAUGUGUGUGUCUAUGGGAAAAAAGACGUGAGGUGGGAGAUUAUAUUUGUACAACAGUUUUAGGUCAACGAGAGAUUCUGGGUGAAACACGUUUUCUUCUUUACCCAGAAACAAAUACUGUUACACAUUAUUACUAUUGUUAAACAAUAUCAUUUAUUUAUUUUUAGUGUGGUUGCUUUCUACUGUGUGUGUUCUUUUCUGUUAUAGUUUGAAUAACAAAUAGGUAAAAGAUAGUGCUUACUAAAUACAUCUGUCAUGAUGCCAAAAAGAUAACAGUUUUAUCAGCAUUUGAAGAGUUUCUAUCCUCAUUCUUCCACACAGACAUGCUACAUAGUAAAUGCACCCAAAAUAUCUCAAAUAAAUUAGCCACUGUCUCAGACACUGUCUUUUAGUCCUGAAGUUAUUCUGCUUUGCACAUGCAUAAAAAAAUCACUCUUGAAUUAAUUGGAGUUUUGUAUUAUUUCGAAUACUAUAACUUAUCAUAUUCAUUGACAAUAUAAUGUUACUGGACCGAUAAAAAAAAUCUACUCAUGAAGCGGCAGCAGGAGAACACACACAUAAAAAGAGGUCAUACUUAUGCAAGCUUUUGGACCAGUGGCUCCAUUUUCCAUCAGAAGGGAAAGGAAAGGGGGUGAAGGAAUAGGACUGGAGAGUUUUACGAAAAGGGAUAGAUUUUGGAAAAGACACCCAGAACUGCAGGUCCUUUUCUUUCACCCCCCUUCUUUCCCCUUUCAACCGUUCUACUAGAAGAAGCAGCCACUGACUCCAAAAGCUUGCAUAAGUAUAAC